AUGGACGCAGUAGAUUCAACGUCCUGCCGCGACGACCAGCAGCUCCUGGAUCAAGCAGCGCAGACGUCGGUCACCACUCGGUUUGCAUGUAAAAAGUGCCGCUGUGUUCUGUUCACAAGUGACCGUCUGAUGCCGCACGAGCCGGAGCAGCAUCAGAUCUCGACGCGUCGAAAGCUCAAAGACCUCCGACACCACAUUGGCAGCCACGUCGACUGCUCGUCGUAUUUCCUCGAGGAGACACUGCCGUGGAUGGACGAAGUGCUGCUGGCCGAGGGCAAGAUCCACUGCCCUAACGUCAAGUGUCAGUCGCGACUCGGAGGGCUGCAGUGGUCAGGCUCUCAGUGCUCGUGUGGUACGUGGAUCACGCCCAGCAUUAAGAUUACCAAGAGCCGAGUGGACCAAAUCGUCGAGCAGUGCAAUGCCAGUAUCGUGACGGGCACAAUGCUACGGGACACUUCAGAGGUGGGUGCAGUCGAGUCUAGUCCGUGA